UCUUCUCAACCCACAGAGAGAGAGAGAGAGAGAGAGAGAGAGAAGACACGCUGCAGGAGAUGGGCCUCAGGUUUCUUCAAAAAGGAAGCCGGCGCGUUUUGUCCGGAGCAGAAUGAUGAAAGAAGCUUCCUGAAGUGAACUCGAUGCCAAGUCCUGGACCCCUCGAAUCACUCAACUCUCCUCUCUUCGCAUGGAUCAACCUGCGUGCCAUGAGGCUCACGCUUACAUCCGGAGGAAUGUUGAUCUUGAUCUUUGCAACCUGACAGCGUUCUGUGGAAAUGCAAAUAUGACAGAAGAAUAGUACAGUCUGGACCCGAUUCAAGCCAGGACACCUCCCGUACUCGCAGGCGCGGGGAGUUGUGAUGAUUUUCUGGGAAACAAGCAGAAGUCCUGCCCUCGCUUUUCGCCUGUGAUGAUGAUGAUGAUGAUGGACUUACCCAGCCAGCACUUGCCAGUGGAGGUCAGCUGAAGACGACUCCACGCAGCUAAGUCUGGAUUAGCCGGCCGAACGAGUUUCAAUGCUCCUCCACGUUCUAAGAUGAAGUUAUGGAAAGGUGCUACUUUAGCCCUCGUGCUCUGUGGCGCGGCCCUCUCCGUCCUCCUCGUUAAAAACACGGCCACCAUCGGACAGCUGAGACGCAAGACCAGACACCCCUGCGCGUCUUCGCCCCCGUCGAGGCCGACGCCCGAGGGCUCGUCGCCGGCGUCCUCCGGGCCGGCGGCGCCGUCCUGGCGGACGAGUGGUCCUCACCGCAGAAUCCGCUCAACCAACGAGAUGAACUCUCUCCUCUCAGAGUUUUCCGCCAUGUUCCAGAGCUUCACGGAGGGCGAGCUGCGGCACGUGGUCGAGACGUUGCUCGACAGGAAGAGGAGGAAGAGCCUGGGCGACAACCAGGCCCGAAGGACUAAAAGAGCCCGGAGGCCCAAGCUCUGCUCUCUGAGGGAGCUGGAGCUGACCGUGAGCGAACUGGGCCUCGGCUACCAGAGCGACGAGACGGUGCUGCUGCGCUACUGCAGCGGCAAAUGCCCGGCCCACCGGCAGAACUACGACAUCAUCAUGGAGCACAUGACGCGGACUGGCUUCAAGUCGAAGGGGCGCAAGGACAAGGUGAGCAACGGGCCGUGCUGCCGGCCCACCGCUCUGGAAAAGAGCUUUUCCUUCCUGGACAACGCCAGCGUCUAUCGCACGGUGCAGAACGUGUCUGCAAAGCACUGCGGGUGCGUAUGACCCCGAGAGGGCGGACUCGUCCGCGCUGCCGUUCAACAGCGGAACGGGAAAGACAAACUGUGGAGUAUUAACUGGAGGAAGAGAGGGAAGGUUUGUCUCAGGCCGCUGGCAGGCGGACUUGACUUAUUUUGGCCGUCCGUUCGCGCAAAUCGGAGUCGAAGAGACACAGAAAAUGACUGUUCACCUGAAAUACGUUUUUUUUUUUGUUAUCUUUUCUAUCCGUCUAGUAACACUGUAAACUGUGGUGCAACAACAAUGUAGCAACGUCGUGUUUGUGAUAUUACAUUUGAGUCGUGGUAGGCUACAUGCGAUGAAAAAUGAGGGACUAGACUGUUGCUGUUACUACACUUUCUAUGCAAUUCUUUUACAGGAUAUAAAUGGUGACUGAAUAUCACCUGCAAUUACAAAGCCCCAAGUACAAUAAACCUUUAGGUUCUCUCAGACUAUUGGACCGUUAACCUAAAAGGAUGUCUAGUAAUCGGCUGUCUCCGAAUGUGUUACUCAAAGGUGUGUUAAGUUGUUAUCAGGGGUCACGACUCUGUGACCUGUUUCCGUGCUUGUAUUGCUGUUACUGAUUGCAGUGUUAUUACACAGGUAUAAGAGUAAGUGUCAUUGAUAAGAAUUUGACCGGGAAAGAAAAUCCUUUUCUCUAGCUGCAGGUUCGACAGCCACCUUUAAUUAUUGUGUAUAUUGAUGUUGUGUGGUUUGACAAUGAGGGCCUGUUUUAAAACACAUAAAUACCUUUCUCACUUAAGUAAUAGAAUAUGAAAAUGGAUCCCAUCUGCUCUGCAGAAGAAUAACUUAUGACACACAAAGACAAUUUCAUUUUGAGUCGUUUUAUACUUUCACCAAACAAUCCAUUAUUGUAAUUACCCACAAUCCUCUGGAAUGAUCCUUCCUUAAAGACAUGCCAAAACACACCAAGUCAAUUCAACACAGGUGACGAAUUCUCAAACUUUUCACACUCAUCUGCUGUCUCAAGUUCCAGGUAAUUCAAACCCCAUUGAAACUGUUUCUGGGGGGGUAAUUUAUGAACGUUUACACUUACAAGCUGAGGCUCAAGUGUGAAAGAGAAGAAUGGUGUUGGUGGUAUGUAGCGGCGUGUGGUUUUUCCCACGGACAGAAAACUAAGACCCAGAGUCUAGAUCUGGAAAUGUUUCCACCCAUCCAUGAAUCCCACCAUCGAAAGCCCUCAGAACAGCCUUCUAUUGGCCCAUCAAAUGCCUCCGCAUUGAUUUGCCUGGUAGAGUUUUAGGGGAACAUAAGCUGUUUGGGUGAAUUGUGAAGCAUCUUUUUCACCUUUGACAAUUUUUAUUUAGUUUGACCCAAUGAAACUGUUUGCCUGAAGUACAAUAAAUUAUGUUUUUCUUUUGUUUUCCCCGAGGAGUUGCCGUGUUGGGCGUGGAUGCGGUGCAUCUUUGUUGUAGUUUGUAUUUGUAUUUAUUUGGGAAGUAAAUUAUGGUCUUGCAUAUUUAUUUAGAUUACCACGCAGAAACGGGACAGCUUAUUAUCAAUAAGCAACUGUGCCAAAAAAUGUUUUAUCUAACAUUGUAUAUUGACUGCUGAAUAAACAUAAU